GCUCAGCAGCGAGACUUCAGUUGCGCCGCAUUUCCUUAAUUCAACCAGUGUUACUUUUUGCGCGUUAAUUUUUGGCUUUGUGGGGUUUUUUAGAACAACAGACCUGAGAAAUAUAACUUGCGAGAAUAUCUUCGUAUUUGGGCGAAACUAAGAGCAUAUUUUAUAACAGUUCAUAUCACAAGAUUUUAUGGAUUGGAAUCUUGCUUUUCAACGCCAGAUACGCUGAAGUAAGUGCGUUGAGGAUUGAGCGGAACCCCAGGAAAGUGUUGAAGGACGGUAUCUAGGCGGUAGAAGUGGUAAGGAGCUACCCGGAGACCCCCUCACUUCAGAAGGAUGCUGAUGGGAAAUGCCUGGCGACAGAGAGGACGAGAUUUGUCAAAAGGCACUGGGACUCUUGUCGGAUCUCUGCUCUAAGGGCGAGGUGCAAAGUGACAACUGUUUGGAUUUCAUACAUUAUUUUCGCGAUCUCGCCAGACCGAGGUAUACAGACUCAGAUGUAUCGGUGAGCCUGCUGUCGCUCAUGGUCACAGGCUGCGGCCUGGCCCUCUUCGCCGUCUCCCUCUUCGUGGCCUGGAAGCUGUGCUGGAUCCCUUGGAGGGAGCGCGGCCUCUCCCCCAUGACCAAGGAGGGGCAGCCGGACCAGCAGCCCGUCUACACGGACGUGGACGGCAUCGACAAUGAGUACAGCGAGGAGUGCGUGAAGGAGCCGACGGCCGUGCCAGUGCCCGAGUCCGCCAUGAAGAUCAGCCACACCUCGCCCGACAUCCCGGCCGAGGUCCAGUCCAAGGGCAAGGAGAACUACACCCACAACCCACGCAUGCAGCGGCAGAUCACCGAACCCACCUCCUCUGUUCGGCACAACUCCAUCAGGAGGCAAAUGAACCUGUCCAACCCAGACUUCAAUGUGGCCCAGUUCCAGAGGCAGGAGUCUCUGUCGGGUCUGAGCCUGGGCCGGAUCAAGCCCGAGCUGUACAAACAAAGGUCGGUGGACACAGACGAUGGCAGGAGGAGUGAGAACUGUGGCCAGCUCCACUUCAUCCUCAAGUACGACUGUGACCUGGAGCAGCUCAUCGUCAAGAUCCACAAGGCGCAAGACCUGCCAGCCAAGGACUUCUCAGGCACCUCCGACCCCUACGUGAAGAUCUACCUGCUCCCGGACCGCAAGACCAAACACCAGACCAAGGUGCACCGCAAGACUCUGAACCCGGUAUUCGAUGAGGUGUUCCUGUUCCCCGUGUCCUACAACGAACUGCCCACGCGCAAGCUGCACUUCAGCGUAUAUGAUUUCGACAGAUUCUCCCGUCACGACAUCAUCGGCCAGGUGGUGGUCGACAACUUCCUGGACCUGGCGGACUUCCCCAGGGAAACGAAGCUCCGCAGAGAUAUCCAGUAUGUCUCCUCGGAUAAUGUGGACUUGGGAGAUCUCAUGUUCUCACUCUGCUACUUACCUACUGCGGGAAGACUGACCAUCACAAUAAUAAAGGCACGAAAUCUUAAAGCCAUGGACAUCACUGGAGCAUCAGAUCCUUAUGUGAAGGUUUCUUUAAUGUGUGAAGGGAGGAGACUAAAGAAGAGAAAAACAUCAACCAAAAGAAACACUCUCAACCCUGUCUACAAUGAAGCCAUAGUCUUUGAUGUUCCUCCAGAAAACAUUGACCAAAUUAGCCUUUUAAUAGCUGUAAUGGACUACGACCGUGUAGGUCACAAUGAGGUCAUCGGAGUGUGUCGGGUGGGCAACGAGGCUGGGAGCCUGGGCCGGGAUCACUGGAGUGAUAUGCUUACAUACCCCCGCAAGCCCAUCGCCCACUGGCACCCACUGGUGGAGUGGCUGGAUCAAGGGACAACAGGCGGGAGCCAGGGCUCCUGCAACUCUUUAAAAGCUCCCCCUUCUCCAUAACCCGGUAAACCUGAGAUGGAGCUCGGGUUUGUGACGUGACAUUGAGUGUAACGGCCGUCUUAAACGUGUACUCUCACCUAGAUUGAAGCAACUUUAACCCUGCUUAUGCUGUGGAUAUGGGAGUUUUCUUUGCAUGGGGGUGUUCACUCAGUUGCAUGUUGACUGGCCAUCCUUCCUUUUUUGCCCAUUCAGUGAAAGAAAGAAAGAACAUUGUUGGCGUUUAUUAUGAGGUUUAUUUUGAAGUAUUACUAAAUGUUCUCCCAAUAGUGCCAGCUCCCAUUUUUGGUGUCUGUGUCGCACAUCGAAUAAUGGCCAAAUUGACAGUUUUUUCAGAUGUGUUCACUUUACUUUAAUAGAGUGCAUGGUUUAUUUUACUGUUGGGUAUUGUUUUGGAUUAAUUUUGUUUUGAAAGUACAAUAAUGUUAUAUAAAUACACAUGUAAUGUACAUGUACUGUGGCAAUUUAAUUUUAGACCUAGUAUGUAAA